GGACCUUCCGGACGUUCCGGACACAGAGCAGAGGGGGUAAAGGUGGUAAACGCGAAGACUGAAAACUCUCAGCAAUAUAACAGUGAUAAUUUAACGUUGUAAACCAAAUUCUGAGCUAUUCUAACGCUUAUAAAAAAGCAAUAUAGUCAUUUUGGAAAUUGGUGGUUGCGCGGUUUCGUAUUCCUCAACCGCGCCGUUGUCGGUCGUCGGAUCCACAGGUCCACAGUAGGGAGGCUGUAGUGGUCCACAGGGUCCACAGCAUCCACAGUUGUCCACAGUGUCCACAGGUCGGAUCUGUGGCAGCCUGUGCAGCCUGUGGUCGGACCAGCACGAGCGCUUUGCCGCUUUCGUCCUUUUGUUUUCUGUUGUGUCGAUCUCGACUUCGAACGCCGCCGCGGAUAUCGGCAAUGCCGACCGGGUGCUCUGUUCUCCUGUGUCCUAACCGGAGUCCAAACAGUCCUCUUGUCCGUGCUAAAAACCUCCUGUUCCAUCGCUUACCGCGCGAGGAACCUCUCAGGAGUGAGUGGUGUCGAAGGAUUAGUAGAGAGGACCCCGGACAGGGAGAGCUGCGUGUGUGCUCUGACCACUUCGACGGUGACCGCGACUACCGUCGUCUGCUAGGUGUUCUUCGCGAUGCCGGGCAGUCCAGGAAGAAAGUGCACCUGAAGCCAGACGCAGUUCCUUGGCUCCGACUGCCCCCCACUGCGAAGCGCCUCUCCCCUGCCAAGGACCCAACCGUCCCAACGUCGAAGAGCCGAAGAACUGCGAACGAUGAGCCGGUUGAGAUGGGUUGCUUCGAGGAGAGUACACCUUGCGUGUACAGCUGCCAUUGCCGUCACCGACCGGCGACACGCGACACGGCGAUUCAGGCCGACCCGCACGAAAAUCCGGCACCCGCACGGACUCGGAGACCGUCUGGCAUGAAGGACAGUUCUGUGGGAACGGACCCGUGGCUGGGAAAGCAGUCUGUCGGCACGCAGGCGAAUUCCCUCGUGAAAGUUCUCGCCACCCGGUGCGUCCAGACCGAGGACUCGGAGACACCUGACAGUAGCAGCACCACCGUCGGCAGCAAUAGCACAACCACUGCUGCCACCUUUGCCUCUACCACCACUACCUCUGCAGUGCCACUGCAAAAGCCGGGCCUGGCAUGUGCCAUGAACCCUGUCCUAAGUGAUUCGGAUGAGGAGGAGGAAGACGAGGAUGACAACGACGACCCUCUGUGGGAGCCACCCACCAAAAGAGGCUUUGUCAAAUUACGUUGAAAAGCCCGUGGCUCGGGUUGUGGCAAUCUGCGAGGACAUCGAACCUCUGAGGGAGGUCUUCUUGAUGCGAGGACGCCGCGUCUACCGAAUCUAAACCAGAGCUGCGACAGGGCACCCGAGGAGGGCCUGGUUGCUGCCAGGAUCAGCCGUUUUGGAAAGAAGGCGCCCAAUGCAACGGAGUAAUGGUUUGCUUUGCAGGUGCAAUACCAGUGUACUCUACUUGCUGGUUGAGUUCUUGUUGCAUUUGGGGCUGUUGUAACAUGAGAUGGAGUGGGGCUCUGGUCGCUUGCAUUAUGUAUUCGAGGAAACUUGCAUUUUGCCUGACGAAUUUUCCGUUUCGAGAUGCCUAAAUGCAGGAUCCUCGGAUUGAGAUAGCAAUGAAGGGCCUGGGGUCAUAGAACGAGUUGAAUUUGUUGUGCUGCUGUUGUCUGCAGAGCAUGAGUUGACCUGAAACGAAGUUGUGCUUUUGUGUGUAAUGUCACUUGUUGAUGUAUGCCCGGUUGUAUCUUUUUCUCGCUGCAUCUCUUUGUUGUGCCUGGGCGUGGGUGUAGCCUUUGUCGCCAGAGUCAGGAAGUGCUGGUAAAGUUGCGCACUUUCCAGUUGAACAGGAGCUCGAACGGAGAUAUGUUUGUGGGUCCAUGCGGAAGUGAACAAUAUGCUAGGAGAAAGUAGUGAAGGUCAUUCGUCCAGUACUUAUUUUUUUUCUUGUUUGCGACGAUGAGCUUCUUGAGCAUCCUCAUGAACCUCCCGACCUCUCCGUUCACUUCAGUCUAUCUUGUUGUAAUGCGGUGGUGUCUGAAUCCGAGUUCAUUGGCAAACCUUGAAAAGUCUCUGCUUUGAAAUGGGGGACCAUUGCCGGUUUUUAGAACAGCUGGGAUGCUGAACUGGGCAAAGAUUGCACGCAGCUUGUGGACAACCUCAAUUGAUGGAAGUGUUUGUAGGAUGUUUAUUACUAGGUACUUGGAGUUGUCACCAAUGACGACUGUGGCGUACUUGCAGUCUGGAAAUAGUCCGGCAAAGUCUAGUGACAUCUCGGUCCAGAGAGUCUCAAGCAGUUCAAGUACAGGCAGGGGAUGUCUGUUAUGUUUGGGUGCCGCAGCCUGGCAAGCUAUGCUUUUCAUGACGGUUUUGUCCUCAAGAGUGUCACCCCAGGAAACCAGACCCUGCUUUGUAGCAACCUUUUUGUCUUGACAAUGCCCUGAUGUCCUUUGUGUGCGAGGUCAACUGACGUGCGUUGCAGACUCGCUGGUGUGACGAUGCAUGUCCCUCGCACAAUUAGUCCUUUCUUGGACACGGGGAGUUUGCUUGCUACGCGUGAGAAUGGACAAAAGCAUUAGCCUUUCCAGGCUUAUUUGUCGGGUUGUGCUGUUUAGUUGCAAUGUUAUGUUUUAUUUGGUGUCAAUUCUGGACCACCGCCAAGGGUUUUAUGUUUUAAGUAGUAAACGGUGACGUCCCAAACCCGGACCGUGCGCCGUCAAACUUUUACAUGACCAAGCACUUAUGCUACACUAAAAUACCAGGUACAAAAGGUGGCCGGUGUGAGGGCAAGGCUCCAAUUCACUGAGCUGCCAAGCGAGGUUCUCUGCUGUGAAACGGUCUGGCAAUUACAACUCUGGGAAUUUACCGUUAAGCGGUUGAACCAAGAAGACAUCUAGUCGUGGUAAAGGUUUAGGCAAGUUUCAAAGCGAGCUUGUAGCUCUGUCCCUUUGAUUACCAUGUCAACAAUGUAAAACAGUACAACCAAUGGUAAAACAGUACAACUUUGAACACACUCUACAUUCCUUUCGAUUGUUAUUUUGCUUGGAAUUGUCGCUCGUUUCUACAUACCUGCCAUGAAACAGAGGUUUGGGCCUGAAAUAUAGCGAAGUUUAACAUCGUUCAGCGGUCAAGGAAAAACGCUGUAACUAAAGCAAUUACACGUUCACAAUAUUAAUAAAGGUACAUACUAUCCGGUACAACCGAAAUAAUAAAAGUUGUUAAUGUUAUUUUCCGGCGACGAGACAAAAUUCACGCGCGUUUUCCCAUAGGAAUACACAGGAAGACUGGAAAAGUAGACUGCAUGCUGUCUGCUUCAAUUUGCAACUGGAAGUCCCGUAGACACUAGCGCCAGCUGAGCCUCUAGCAUUUAUUAUAAUAACUCUAUGCUGCUUACCAACCUUUAAAUUUAAGUCUUUUGAGGCCUGCACUUGCUUCUUAUCGCAAGUACCGGGCCAACAUUUGGUCUACGGGCCGGCGUCGUCUAAGAGCAGACGACAAGCGGAAACGUUUGAAAGAGCAGACGACAGUUCGAACAAUCACGCGGCCGUCUGAACUUGAAGACGCACUGAACGUAGUUCGCAGGUGGUCCGCACAACUUGACGGUUCUCUGGCGUUCAUGUUCGAACAAAACAGAUGAAUCUAAUGACCACAAAUAUCCGUGAAUUCAACCCAAAGUGCUUCCCACCCAAGCAAUCGUUGUCCGACGGCGUCUGCUUUUCCCUUUUCACGGCAUAUAUCCAGAUUCUCUGACGAACCGAGCACGUGAAAACUGACCUUCAAACCUUUCUCGACAUUUUUGGCACGGCCCCAGUCGGGGCGUUUUGACGAGAAGGCAGGUUGUUUUCUGGUUCCUUUUAAAACAACGCAGGAAUACUAUACGUCUGGCAUGGGGACAUCUGCCCACAGCCCCAGACCGGAAGUGCGACCGACGCGCCAUCACCGCACCGUGACGUCACAGAGUUGAGUUUGUGUAUAUGCUCCCGACUGGAAUUCAUCGCGGAUUCUUUCGACGACACAGGCGGGCAGCACACGUCGACUGCGGUGUCCCAGCUUUCGCCACUUUCAGCAUACAAAUUGCCGAUAUGGCACAAAACGAAGCCUGGAAAAUUUAUAAGGCCAAAGUUGGCAACUUACCACUGGGAUACAAAUGUUUGAGGUGGCAGCCAGGACUCGUUACACAUCUCAAUGAUAUUAUACUUUCAAGCUGUGUGCAAUGCAAGCACAGCUUUGCACAAUGUUUUUGUUUGCACUUGCACACAGGAGGUGUGUUCAGAAGCCACGCGCUCACACCUGUGCCUGCACUGCACACAAGUUGUGACUUUGAAGUAUAGGGCAGGUUUAUGAAUAUGAGGUGCAUGCGACAAAGGGAAAUAGAUCAAGAUUUUUGUUUGGAGUAUUUAAACAAGUGAAAUGCAGGACUACAGAGAUGUGGUGUUUUCAAAGGCUGGACGGUGGAAUAAGAUGCAAUGAAUGCCUGCCCAUGUUACUUGUGCACGUAAGGGACUUGACCACAUGUAAUAAAAAAAAACGGGAUUAUGUGUGGA